AUGUCGGAUCGCGCCGCAGCUAUCCACUUUUUGGCUCCGCUUGACGGCUCAUUACCGCAUUUGACAGGCCCGGAUGACUGCUUAGGGGUUGGAAGGGAGUCCUUGACGGACAACUUCCGAGCUCGAAUUUUUCCUGCACCUGAUCACAAGCAUUCGAAACCGAAUAUACUGCGCGGGUCUCUAUCCAUAUCGCUUGAUACCCGUUUAGAGCAACGGCGUUCAACACAUGUCUCGACCGCAAGUGUAUCGCUGAAGCAGAGACUCCCUCCAAAGUCCUGGGAUAGUCACAUGCACGUUGUGGAACCUGAGCGAUAUCCUGUCUCUCCAACAGCAGUAUACCAACCCACACCGCAUACGUUACAUGAAGCUCUCGCCUUUGAGUUCAGACUGGGUGUUGAGAAUCUUGUAUUUGUGCAACCGUCAGUAUAUGGCACGGACAAUUCAUGUUUAUUGGAUGCCUUGCGAAGACUUGGGCCCUCGCGCGGCCGGGGAGUCGUCGUCGUUGACCCUGCUACCAUUAAACCAGAGACUUUAGACGAAUGGCAUACCCUUGGAGUCCGCGGAUUGAGAAUCAACCUUCAGUCUGUAGGGAAAGUGAUGGAUAAGACCGAGCUGGAAGAGACCUUACUCCAGCAUGCUGAGCUUGCCCGGCCUCGCAACUGGAUCAUCGAGAUAUAUCUUCCCCUCAAGAUGGUUUCGAUGGUUGAGUCGAUCCUCCCACGACUAGGCGUGCGCAUCUGUAUCGAUCAUUUUGGCAGCCCCGAUCUCGCGUUGUGGGAAAAUGAUGGCGCGGCUUUCAAUGCCUACACCCUUCCAGGGUUCUCGUCUUUGAUAUCUCUGCUUCGCUCUGGGAAAACAUAUGUUAAGGUGUCUGCGCCGUAUCGGCUCAGCAAAGACCAUCAAAUGCGUGAUCUUCAGGCUAUGGCACGUGAGUUCUUGUCUGUUGCACCUGAUCGAGUAAUAUAUGCUACUGAUUGGCCGCACACUCGAUUCUCCAGUGUUGAUAUCAGUCCAUUCACUGAAUGUUGCUUGGAAUUAUGUGCGACCAAACUGGGGCUAGCUGAGCGUCUGUUUCGCAGGAACACAGAGGAGAUGCUUGGAGUCGUCUCCGAUUGA